AUGAUAUACACCGAUCCAGCUGGCAAAAUCAUUAUCUUAAGAUGGAUGGCCAUCGGCAAGAACCUGGAAGAGUCUACGACUCUCGAUAGUCAAUGUCUGCAUGCUGAAAGUGACGUUCGCGUCAAACGGAUUGACAUGGUGAUUCCUGGGAAAGGUGUAAGGCUGAUGAACCCCCUGGUCUGGGCGGGACGGCUGCCAACAAACGCAUGGAAUAUUAGCCAGUCCUUGACGAACGCGAUUCUACAGCAUCAAUACGCACGUCAUAUCCCUCAAAACGAAUGGUAUUGCGAGACGAUCAUGGGCAAAAAACGCUAUGAUAUCUCAACGGUCGAGGUUUCGGACCCUCCCGAGGGAUGGACUGAGAGAGAUUUGGAGAGAAUACAGCUGAAGUACAGGACUUUGCAAAAAGGAUACAAAGGUGCUGACGCUAUAGACACCAUGAACCUGAACUCGGAUGAAGAACAAAAAUAUUGCCAGACCCUGGUCGACGGCGCGUUUCAGCUUCUUCGUCUCCAACCCGCGGACUACCCAGACUGUUUCAAAGCGUGCGUCUCCAAAUGCAUAGAUACGCGUGCCCUCAAAGCACAUAAAUGGAGUUACUGGGGUGGUUACAAGGAUGUGUAUGUCAAGAUAAAGGGCAUCGUGGAUGCAUCCGAGCAACAGGGCAAGUAUCAUAUUUUGCCGGCUACAAGCGUCGUGGCCUCGAUUGUUGUCAAGUGUCUUCGAAUGAUUGACACGGAUGGCACGGAUGCUCUUACACAGCAAAUGAUCAAAUACAAGGUCUUCGAGUUUGCGCACGCAUCAGUCAAGUACUUCAAAGAGGGUGGAAACAUGAUUAUGCCGACCAAGCACGCUUUGCCGAACUGGAAGCCCAAAGAUAAGAGCCAAAUAGCGGACAAGGACAAGGCUGGAAUCCCUGAUGACUACAAUGAGAUGGCUAUUACCCAAUCAAUCUCGCGUACAUCCGUUGAGGUGGAUGGCACCAAGAAACAGGCUGGUAUUAUGCUUGAGAGCGAGCCGUCCGAGACGCCUUUCUACAGGCCCCGGGAAGCUACACCAUGGCCGACGGCAAUCACGGCAAGUAAGAAUAUUACCAGGGCGCAGGCAAUGCAAGUGAUCACACCCUAUUGCAGCAAGAUACAGAAGGAGAUUUGGUCAUCAGCGGUCAACGAUGAGUUUGCAGCAGUUCUCAGCAGGGAGAUAGUCAUAGUAUUGCCCAACACGUACAAGAAAUGGCUGAAAACAUGGAGUAGGCAAGCAGGGAAACCAGAAAUCGAGCUGUGGGUGAAAGAGGCUACCGAAGACCUGGAGACGUACGAAUGGGACGAGCCGCAACUGGUACAGAGACAGCCUCAGUUGUCGGCCAGAGAGCCAAUCUUCAUGAUCAUCGACGAACUCGAAGAAAUGCAACAUAAUGAAAACGUCAAGGGUAGCGAGGUGCAUCGCAAGCUUCGUGACGGAACAGCCAUGAUCCGCCGUUAUAUUUUAAGAAUGGAGGAGAAGUGGAAGGCAAGGGCGUACGCCGAUGUCCACAAGGAACUAUAUGAUGGGCAAAUAGCCAUCCAGACCGAAUUAAGUUCCAUCCGUCGCUUACUAGAAGAAAACAAGGAUCGACGUCACCGGAAGAGAGGCUACUCUCACGUCAGCAACAUGGUGGACGAUGCAGAGGCACAGGCGAAUGACAACAAUGCGGAAGCAAAGGUACCAGAUGCCAUGGACGAGGACAUGGAGGACUAG